AUGACGGGCGUCACACGACUGGCUCUGCGCCCGGCUGUGGUCAGAGAGGAUUUCGAGGCCGACAUGGAGAGCGAGUGGAUGGGAACACCGUCCGAAGACACUUUUGCCGAUGAAGACGAGGUUCAGGUCGAUCCCUACGGUGAUCUCAUUCUUCGAAUUGGAUGCAGCCCAAAUUCUGGUGAAAGCCCAGCAUUUCGGGUCUGCUCAAAUGCCCUGAAAAGAGCAUCGCCAUUCUGGAGACGGACUUUGGCUGAAACCGCCGAGGAGACCGGAACGGCAGAGGAAGAUUGGUAUUGGACGCCAUCACUAUUCGCAUGCCCAUACGAGAAAUCUGAUGGGCUGGUCAUUUUGCUCAAUAUCAUCCACUCGAAAUUCCACUUGGUACCCAAGAGACCAUCCCUCUCGGAGAUGUACAACUCCCUUUGCCUCGCCAGCAUGUAUGAAAUGGAACAAGUUCUGCAGCCAUGGAUCGGGCACUGGUAUGACGUUAUCGACAGCUUGGAAUCCGCGAGAGAUGGGCACAGUCUCGCAAUGCUAGCAUGCAUUGCGUGGGGGCUGGGUGAUGAGAGACUAUACGUCAGGACGCUCACCGAUAUCACCCUCACAUGUGUGGUGCACGAAGGCGGGCACAUUAUGACUGCCGAUGGAGUUUGCCUGGACGAUUAUCUUCAUGAUGCGUUAGGCUCUCCAGUGAUUUCAGAAAACAUCCGCUUAAUGCGCAACCAAUUAGCAUCAGAGUUACCAGCACACAUCAACCAGCUCAUCAAGCGCUUGAUCGAGGGUAAAUGGAUGUGCGCAGGGAUCUCUGACAUACCGAUAACCAAAAACAAGAAGUGCGACUAUGUCGUGCUGGGAAGCUUGUUCGCGGGACUGAUUUACGUUCGAGGCUCCAAGGCAACAGAGCUGCAAAUGAGGCAGGAUGAAAGUAUUGCAGACCUGCUCAAGUCAGUGAAGCGGGUGUUGUCUUACGUGUCUUGCUACGAAAAGCAUACAGAAUGCAAUCCGGCGGAGAAGAUCGCCGACGCCAUGAAGGAAACAGUUGAAGACUUAGACACAUCAUUGAGCGUGGGCAUACUCGAGCGAAUGCGGGAACAGCGACAAAAAGCAGGUCUAGAAGCACAGACUUCUGAGGAAGACAAGGGAUGA